GAGAACGGCGCGGCACAGCAAGAUCUGGAUCAGAGGAGAUGCUGCCACCCUCGCGUCUACUGCUCGUCUGCCUAGUGGUGGCGGGCACCACACUAGCGGUUCCCGUUGACCAAAUUUACCCUUUCGGCAGAGAAUAUGGUGAUGCCGUCCUGCCUCCAGGAGAUGAAGGAUCCAGCCCGGAAUUUGAACUUGCGAUUCCCAUAAAAUUUUACAAUGAGGUCUACACCAGCCUAUAUGUUGGAAUCAACGGACUGAUUUCCUUUUUGACGGAAAUCCCCGCAUUUUACAACAUGCAGUUUCCUUUGGAGUAUCCAGUAAUAGCCCCACUUUACACAGAUGUGGAUACAACAGGCGGAGGCUCAGUUUACUAUCGUGAAACCAGUGAGCCAACUUUGCUGAGAAGAGCUACUGAGAUUGUCAGAUACUCGUUUUCUAGAGGAAACUAUUUCCAAGCAGCAAGUCUCUUUAUUGCCACUUGGGCCGACGUGGGUUAUUUCGAUGGUGGAUCGGAUAAAGCGAACACGUACCAAACCAUCAUUGCCAGCGACAAUUCUUCGUCCUAUGUCUUCAUGCUGUACGCUGACCAAGGCAUUCAGUGGAUACAGGGUAAGGGCAAGGGUUCGCGACCUGACGCCAGGGCCCAAGCAGGUCUAAUGGCUCACGAUGGACGAAUGGUGACCCUUAGAGGCUCUGGAACCGAUCAGGUGCAGAAUCUCGAUAAGUGGACAAAUUUUGACGAACCAGGGUUUUGGAUUUUCUACACUGGACCGCUACAAGCACAAGAAAAUAUUGCCGAACCAGACCUUGUGAAUUCUUACACUCCGCAAGGAGGAAGUAGCUCAUGCAGUUACGGAGCCGCCGAGUGCCACAGUAAAGCAGAGUGCGUAAAUUACCCCAAUGGAUAUUGCUGCAUUUGCCAAGAGGGUUUCUAUGGAAACGGCAAAAAUUGCCUUCAAGAUGAUGUGCCGCUGCGAGUGAAUGGCAAGGUGACUGGCACUUUGAAUGGUAUCAGACUUGAGGAGCUCGACGUGCAGUGCUACGUUGUCACGACGGACACCCGUGCAUACACUGCGAUAUCCAAAGUGCCAGAGGAGCUUGGCUAUGACAUGCAAAGCCUCAAUAUCUUGGGCACCUCUCUUGGCUGGCUCUUCGCAAAGCCAAUAAAAAGUGCCAAAAAUGGAUACGAGCUAACUGGUGGGGUUUACAAUCACACAUCUACGAUUUUCUUCAGCAAUACUGGUCACAGAGUGACUGUGAUUCAGAGAUUCCUUGGCCUAGACGUGUUUGACCAACUUAAGACUGAAAUAAUUAUUUCCGGCACAAUUCCAAGUAUUCCUGCUGAUAACAGAAUUGAGUCUGACGACUUUGAAGAAAAGUACACGCGAACUGGCCCAGGUGUGGUAAAAGCCCAUUACACGAGGGAAAUAAAAAUUGGCGGAGAUAAUGGGCAGCCAAUCCAAUUUGUUGCGGAUCAAACAAUUGAAUUCGAGGAAUGUGCAGCACAAGAGUCGGACGUGUCCACUCUUCGUCUGAAAUUUUCAAGAAAUUACAUUUUAUAUGAGGCCAGAGAAAAAAUCGUGAGAUACGCAAUGACUAGCAAAGUAUCGCCUCUAGGAGAUGAUGAUCCAUGCAAGGAAUCAAAAGUGAACUGUGGGGCCAACAGUGUUUGCAUAGUAGAAAAUGAUGAUGCAAAAUGCGUCUGCGAAAAAGGCUACAAAUUUUUAUUUGACAUCGGCAUCAGUGAGCCGCAGUGCGUUGACAUAAACGAGUGUCAGUCCGGCCAGCACCACUGCCACCAUAAUGCCAUUUGCAUAAAUGAGCCGGGCGCUUAUCGUUGCCAAUGCAAAUCUGGGUUUAGAGGAGAUGGGCACAUUUGUGAAAGACUGCCCACUUGUAAAGAGGCUCAGUGCCACCCUAAUGCCGAGUGCAUAGAGAAACCCACUGGAAUUCCUGAAUGCAGAUGCAGGAGUGGUUUUCGAGGAAACGGUCUGCAAUGUGAACCUGAAUUCACAGGUGAAUCAUGCAAUACUGCCCACAACUGCUCGCCAUACGCCACGUGCAAAUUCAGCCACGAGAACAGUGCAUUCAAGUGUGUCUGUAUCCCUGGAUAUCACGGCGAUGGUUACGCUUGCGAGUCUAACUCAAAUUACAAGUACAUUGACCCAAACGCUCCUAACCCUGAUUGCGAUCAAGAUGAAUGCGAGUGUCCGGAGGGCUACAUUUAUGGCAGAGAAGUUCACAGGUGUCUUGUAGAAGUUGGUUCUGUCACACAAGAUCAGGACGAGAUCGAAGAGCCUUCGUGUGACGAAAGCAUCUAUCUAUGUCAUGCAAAUGCACGUUGCGUGUUUAAUUACGCAAUUAAGAAACACGAGUGUCAAUGUAACGCUGGAUACGAAGGCGACGGCUCUGAUUGUACCGAAAUAGAGCUUUCGUGCCAAGAAGUUGAUAUUUGCCACGUCAAUGCGUCGUGCAAAUAUAAUGAGAGAAUACGUAAAUACCUGUGUGAAUGCAAUAGGGGUUUUGAAGGAGAUGGCACAAGAAGCUGCAUUUCAACAGGUAAUUGCAUUUCUGAUUCUGAUUGUGGUCGCAACGCCCAAUGCAUUUUUGACGCUGGCAGCAGGCUUUACAAUUGCAUAUGCAACGCAGGUUUCAGAGGCGAUGGACAGUUUUGCGAGGACGACAGAGAAGCAACGUGCCGUCAGUGUCAUGAAAAUGCUGAGUGUCUCUUUAUGCGGGACUUAAAUCAGUACCGGUGCGAGUGUUUGCCUGGGUACCUUGGUGAUGGAAGGCAGAGAUGCGAAAAGGAAAAGUCGGGCUGUAAUGUCUUGAAUGAUUGCGGGAGGAACGCAGAGUGCUUCUACAACCCCUAUGACAGCACCCACAAGUGCAGGUGCAAGGAUGGAUUCUCUGGAGAUGGGUACUGGUGUGUACCUCAAAUAACUUGCGACCAGGAUCAGUCAAUCUGUCACGAGGAGGCAAAAUGCAUCCCCGACCCUUUCACAAGGCAGUACGUGUGUAGAUGCAACGAUGGAUUUACAGGCGACGGAUUUUCCUGCAAAUUGACAAAGUCACACGAAGGUGACUUUUUGCUCGUCAACCAGGGUAUGGCAACUUUGAGGAUCCCGUUCAAACCAACGCACAACAACAGAGGUCGAAUCAUCCAAAUUCAUUAUUUCCAAACUGCAGUUGGCAUUGACAUUGAUUGUCAUGAGGGUCGAUUCUAUUGGAGUGACAUUAACGGCAAAGCCAUUCGAAGUGCGGGAUACAACGGGGCGAACAGCAGUCGCUUUGCUGGACCCGAGAUUGAGUCUCCAGAAGGCAUUGCCAUUGAUUGGGUGUCGCGCAAUAUUUUUUGGACCGAUUCCGCUCUGAAUCAAAUAGCUGUGGCCAGUCUAGACAAAACAGAGAACAAAAAAGUUCUCAUCAGUGAAAAUUUAAUCAAUCCUAGAGGAAUAGCUCUUUAUCCGUCAUUCGGCAAAAUUUUCUGGAGUGACUGGAAUAGGGAAAGUCCGAAAAUUGAGGUUGCGAAUAUGGAUGGAACCGGAAGGUCCAUAUUUGUGAGGGACAAUAUUCAGCUGCCAAAUUCUUUGGCCGUUGAUGCAGAGCGAGACGAACUUUGCUGGGCCGACGCCGGCACUAAAAAAAUUGAGUGUAUUGGCGUUCGCAAUGGAUACCGUCGUACGGUUGUGUCCGAAUGCAAAUAUCCGUUCAGCUUGGCCAUCUCCAACACCCAUUAUUACUGGACCGACUGGGAAACAAAGAAGGUGGAAGCCGCUCUUCGUCCCAACGGCCAAAGAGUGACCGCCCUUGACGUUCCGCUCGGAAGCAGUGGAAACUUAUUUGGGGCGGUCGUAGUGCCGGACAGUUGUCCCGUCUUUUACACAACCUGCCAGUCUCAAGACGCCUGUCCUGAAGACUACAUUUGCCUGCCCAACGGCAAAAAUGGCCGCAGCUGUCUUUGCCCUGACUAUCCUGAAGAUGAGGAAGACACAAGAAGAGAAUGUAAUGAUCUGAUAUGAAAGGUCUAAAUAUUUAUAUGGCUGGCGCAGUUUUGAACAUUUUAGAAAAAACAAUUUAAUGUAGAUUUCGCAAUUAAUUUGAAACGUUUAGAAAAUUAAAACAUUAAUCAGGAAUAAUGUAAAUAAAAAAACGCACUAACUGUGACAAAAGCUAUCAAUAAUUAACUCAUAUUUUAAUAUUAA